AAGUCGUAGAGGAAGUGAAGGGCGAGAAUUCAUGGUAGCGUAGCAGCGCUGUUAGUUUCACUUUUAUCCACAGCAGGGGCAUCGUCGACCUGACAGCGUCGCCAAUAUCUUCAGUGACAGGAUGCCAAUCGUCGAAACGAUUCGAGCGAUUCACGCAUACACACGUGAUCGACAGAAUGCGUAUCAUGCCAACAACCAAAAGCUGUUCCUUCGCCUGGCCGAUGUCUUUUCGCGCACAUGGGAUUUGGGUUUCACUGCAUUUGGAGGCCCUCCUGUCCACUUUGGCAUUCUUCACCAACGUUUCGUGGAUGGCCAUGGCGGCAAAACUCCCUGGAUUGAUGAACAAACGUACCAAGAGCUUUUUGCUCUCUGUCAGAGUCUCCCAGGUCCUGCGAGCACUAAAAUGUUGUUCUGCAUGGCCUUGAUUCAUGCGGGCAUAGUGCCUGCGAUCUUUGUCUUUGUCCUUUGGAGUCUUCCCGGAGCGAUAGGCAUGUUUGCGCUGUCUCUGGGAAUCCAAAACAUUGGCAAUGUUCUGCCUCGCGCUGUUUUCGCACUCCUAUCAGGGCUCAAUGCGGCGACCGUUGGACUUGUCGCUUUGGCCGCUGUCCAGCUCGCUGAAAAAGCUAUCAGAGACAAUUGGACCCGCCUUCUCGUCAUUUUCGGAGCAUGUGCUGGGUUGUGCUACAGCAGUCUCUGGUACUUCCCCGUCUUGAUCAUCUCUGGCGGCAUCAUAACCGCGGUGUGGGAGGUUCGUCUUCGGCAAUGGUCUGUCAAGCUCUGGUUGAGAAUCACACGGCCGAAACACGGACGGGGGCAGCGGACGACAGGAGUGACAACAGAAGAGAGUAUUCCGACCGUCGAACCGCAAUAUAGUGCUGGAGAAACCCCCAAUGGACGGCUCUCACGUCGCAUAGGGGCCACUUCGACCGUCACGCGAACAAGCAGCACGCGAACCGAGGUGGAAUUGAUCCAGUCGGACGGAUCGUUGCCUGUGCCUGCGAUUGCUCCCACGAUCGAGCAGCCCUCUACGGAUAUGUCGUCCCACGGAAUUUCCGUUCUUGCAGGUUUCAUAAUCGUCGCCGUCUUCUUUGCUUCCUUUAUCGCCAUUCUCGUUAGCCGUGGCAUCGUGGAAUCGCCGCCACUGGCAUUUGACCUCUUGGGGAACAUGUAUUUGGCCGGGACAAUCAUCUUUGGCGGCGGACCUGUGGUGAUCCCUCUCCUCCGCGAGUACGUUGUGGAGCCGGGUUGGGUUUCUUCGCGGGACUUUCUCAUUGGACUUGCCAUCAUCCAGGCGUUUCCUGGACCCAACUUCAAUUUCAGCGUCUACCUAGGAGCCUUAGCAUUGCUGAAAACGCCCCAACCGACCAUUGUUGGUGCGCUACUCAGCUAUGUCGCUAUAUUCUUGCCUGGCUUGAGUCUGGCCGUGGGCGCUCAAGGCUUCUGGCGAGUCCUUCGCACCAAACCAAUGUUUACGAGCUUGCUGCGAGGCAUAAAUGCGACGGCCGUGGGCCUCGUAUUCACCGCGGUGUACCGGCUCUGGGAGAUGGGGUAUUUGACAGCCGAAGAAAGUUCGGGCCAGAGUCUGGCGAAUGAACCUUGGUGGGUAGUGGUCACGGUCUUGACCUACGCUGAAUGUGCCUGGUUCAAGGUUCCCCCUCCCGUUGGGAUCGCUGUUGGUGCUGUACUUGGGCUUGCUUGGUACGGUGCAGUGGGUAGUCAUAGAUAGAGGGGAAGAAAAACGACAGAAUUGGUAUCUAUUCAAGGGUCAAAGUCCGACAAGGUAUUCCCAUUUGUAUGAUGGGUUGAACGAAGGCUCGUGGGAACAAAAGGCACCUGACCAAGGUUUAUGUGGUUUGGCGCCACAUUGAUGGCG